UUUACAUUUUCAGUUGAAUAAAUCUGAAACAAAAUUAAUAGAACAUUUAAACACAAACAUUUAUAAACAUCUCUCCCAUGUGGUAGGAGCUAACAGCUAACAGCUAACAGCUAACAGGGUCUCUGCUGCUGCUGUAUUCUAACGUUGGUACUCAGAGAUUUCUCAGGUGGUACGGAGUAGUAACGGUUUGAGAACCAGCAGCCCAGACCAAACACCAGUGUGACUGUGAAGGUCUACGUGGGUCUUGUCUCAGCACAGGUCACGCAGCAGCCCUGACCCACACCUUUCCUGUUUCCUCUUCUCGUCCAAUCAAACUUCUUGGUUUUUAGCAGCCAGUUCACUGGACUUGGGUUUAUCUGGUUGUUUACUUUCAUCCAAAGCAGUUUGGACCUUUUUAUACCAAACAUGACACAAUUUGGGUUUUUCUGUGAGAUUUUCUUUCUGUGCUUUGCAUCUGUGAUUCCUACCUCCAAAACAGGGGUCAGUCAAGGCAACACAGUUGCUGGCGUAUUCAUGCUCAUCGAAGGAGACACGUACACGUUUGACUACACGUCUGCCAAAGCUGCCUGUCUGUUACUGAAUACCACCAUAGCAACCAAAGCCCAGAUGGAGCGAGCGAUGAGGCGAGGACUGGAAACAUGCAAAUAUGGCUGGGUAGAAGAGAAGUUCGCCGUUAUACCUCGGAUUACGCCGAACGACAAAUGUGGAAUGGGACUGAGAGGGGUGGCGGUGUGGUACACAUUGGCCAUGAGAAAAUUUGCUGCUUUUUGCUUCAACGCCACAGCCUUUGCAGAAGAAAAGGAAACUGCUCUCUUGACAUCGACAACCUCCUCUCCAACAACACUGACGACAACCUCCUCGCCAACAACACUGACAACAACACUGACGACAACCUCCUCUCCAACAACACUGACGACAACCUCCUCUCCAACAACACUGACAACAACACUGACGACAACCUCCUCUCCCACAACACUGACAACAACCUCCUCUCCAACAACACUGACAACAACCUCCUCUCCAACAACACUGACAACAACCUCCUCUCCAACAACACUGACAACAACACUGACGACAACCUCCUCUCCCACAACACUGACAACAACCUCCUCUCCAACCACAACUGCAUUUAAAUUAACAACCCAACAACCAUUAACUACCAGUCAAACCAACAAGGAAACUGUCAGCCCGGUCAAGUACGUUCUAGGAGCUUUCAACCGUUGGUCUGCGGAGCUGCAGAUGGACGACGCAGCGACAGAGAUGUGGAAACACACAAACAGCUAUAGUGACCUAGAAACCCAACAUGUGGAGGACGAUGACUACGAAGAGUCGGACAGGAAAUACUCCAGUGACAUCACGCUGUGUGUGAAUCCAGACCAUGAAACAAAGUGUUCAGAACAACUUUGAUCUGAUGAUGUCAACAUUAAAUAAUGAUUUUACAAAAGAUAUGAUGUACAUAUUGAUAAGUGAAAGCUGUACUUUUAUCCACUCUAGUAUCUGAUCAUUCUGUCUACAUUUACAUGAUUUUUUUUUAUAAGAUGGGGUUUAGAAAAAAGAUGUCACUAAAUGCACUUCUGUAGUUAUAAGAAAAGAACUGCAGAAGGAUAUGUUUUCAGAAGGUGCUGAAACAUAGACACGAUGUGUCAAUAACUGAAAGUCCUUGAAAACACAGAAGGCUGAUUAUGGACAAAACACAAAAACAAUAAACAGAAACAACUCCAUUAUUAUGACAUUAAACACAUUCAAAUUAAUGUUCAUGUGUCACGUCUCCAGAGGGAUUAAUAAAGUACUGUCUGUCUGUCUGUCU